AUGCCUGGAUGUGAACUGAGGAAUGAUGCCCGCAAUCAACUGGUACACGGGCCUCUCGAAUACACACCGAGUGUAUUCACACCGAAUGCACACCAUGAAGAUGGCAGAAUUAUAAUAGCGUCAUCUAAUCUUACUGGUCGCUACUGGAAUGGCUCUCUGUGGUGUUUUCCAAAUGUUCACGAUGCUCCCGAUGUAGAAAAGUGUUUAACUGGUAUUGAAGUAGCUUCAGGCAUUUGCGAUCUUGUCCAUUUUAAUGAAAACAAAGUUGCCCUUGGCUUAGAUUCAGGUUCACUUGAUGUAUAUAAAUUAGAUUCAGAACCGCCACUUUUUACAUGGACGUUUGGAGCUUGUGAACAUGAUGAUUUUAUCUCAUCCCUCAGUUUAAAUUCCAAUAAAUCAAGUCUAAUAACUGCUGGAGCUGACCAUUGUGUAAAAAUUUGGGAUGUAGAGACGUGGUCCACAUACGCAACAUACAGACCAGUUCAUGCAGGAAUAAUCUGGCAGGUGUCCAACUCUACAGAAGAUCCUCAUCUUUUUGUAACUUGUGGGCAGGAUGCAAAAAUUUUAUUGUUUGACACACGCCUGCCAAAGCCAGCUACCCUAAUAGAUAAUAACCCAUUGAAAGGUGAAGUAACCUCUGUAGCCUGGAAACCAUGUAGUGCUAAUUUAUUUGCUGCUGGAGAUGAAAGUGGCCAAGUAGUGAUUAAAGACAUAAGGACAAAUAACUCUUUGUGUUCCUUCCAUUCACAUAAAAGACGGAUAUUCAGGCUUUUAUUUUCUUGCAGUGGUUCCUGGCUUGCAUCAUGUGCAGAUGAUACAGCUGUUUGCCUAAUGGAUGUAGAGAAAGAAAAUCCUGAUUUAAUAUACAGAGAUGACAGCCAUCAAGAUUUUAUUCGUGGCAUGACUUGGUCACCAGAAAAUCAUUUAAUUACAUGUGGAUGGGAUAAAAAAGUUAUAAAGCAUGUAUUUGAUAUAAAUGUUUCAUGUUGAUAGAUCUCUAAUAAAUAUUUUAAAUGUUUUCUUCAAA